AUGCAAGUAUCUUUCCUUCCCCCCACUGACGGUGCCAAGUCGCCUUUACCACUAGGGAAGGCUCAUGGACUCAAACGGUUUCCUACACUACGGAAGAAUUCGUUCCUGUGCCAACUACAAGAGCAAGUUCAGUCGCACUUGGAGACGGACGCUCAACGCCAACGCCAGCAAGAAGUGAAGGAGAUUUACCGUAUUUUAGAGAGAGCCCCGGAAGUCCGUGACGCCCACGAGAUCGACACGCUGUACGAGUGGGUGCUCAAAAAUGGCAGCACGAACAAGAUCUUCCAAGGUGCUCAAGAGAUUAUCUGUAAAACUAUUUGUCGGGAGAUGACGUUGUUGGAAUUGCCACCUCACGGUGUAGUGUGCUAUCAAGGUGACUAUGGCGACACCUUCUACAUUAUCAUAUCGGGCUCCGUGUCUCUCUUCAUCAACGCGAAACCCAAACCAAAGUUUGUACCCGAAGACGACAACAACGCCAAUACUUUGUCAACAGAUGAAGAAGACGUGAGGCUGAAACCAGAUCAAUACGGCGCGUUUAUAAAGCAUAUCACUGACGGUGGCACUUUCGGUGAGCUGGCUGUGAUGGACCCAACAGCGCGGAGGUCGUGUACCAUUACGUGCGAUGAGCCCACGUCCUUUAUCUGCCUGAAACGAGGAGCUUAUCAACGCCUUAUCCGUGUUACGAACUCCUCUCAGCUCGACUUCACGCAGAUCGAGUUCCUCGAAACCAUGUAUUUCUUCGAAGGCUGGCCUCACGGGGAGCUCACGAGACUUUCAAACCGCUUAAAGCAAGUACACUACUCAGCUGACAGCUACCUCACUCGAAUUGGGGCCGAAGCCAACGUCGUGUUCUUCAUCUACGCAGGUUUGGUCCAGGAAACCGUCCCCAUGGUUCAACUUUUAAACGAGAACGGGAGCAUCCAGCGCUGUGCAGAACUAGAAAGUAACCUCGCAAAACGAAGGAUGCAAGGCCUUGGAGGCAAACUUUGUAACCAGCAGCGACGACGUACAGAGCUCGAGCUUAGUUUAUAUCAAGACCACGACAUUUGUGCCGAGUAUCCGGUCAUUUUCAGUAAGCCCACGUGCAGCACCGACUUACUUGCAGAUACUUGGAAGGAGUUGUUUUAUAUGCACGCACUGGAUCACAUCCGAGAAUCUUUCAGUAAAUUCCGCAAGCUGGCUGACGCUCGAGAGAAUUGGCGCAAGACGAGGGUAAAGCUAGCUCUGGCAAACCCAGGAUUGAUUCUCACAAUCUCUACUAAGGCUAUGAUGCAAGACGGGAAGUGUCUUUGUGGCUGGUGUGGAAAUCCAGAUCACACGACUGGAGACGCAUGUUGUGCAGGUCUGGUAGCGUCGAAGAAGAAGCAAGAAGACCGACAAAAGAGCGCGAGUGCCAAGAAAAACAAACUCAAGAUUCUGGCUUUGAAUGAAACGCGGCCCAUACAACCAGGUCCUCCAAGUUUAUUAGCACCACGAAGACUUCGAAGUCCAAGUUUAAAAUUUGCCGCACAUAACGAAUUGAACAACUCAAAACUUGCUGGUUCUGACUUUCCCAAACUUUACAAGGCAACUGACGGUCUAUAUGCAAGAUACGAACACUCUCAAGAGAGAAACGAAGAGCAGAGUUUGCCAGCUAUUAAAGUUGAAGACGUGCGGAAGGGGACGUUUACCGAGGAUUUAGCGGAUCAAUACAAACAUGAAAUGGUGCGGAAGGUCAAACGGAUGUCCAAUAUGGAGCAAUAUAUCGGAAUACGAACCAAAAUUCUUGGAGAUAUUACAGCAAAUCAGAAAGGUGGCGACCAUGAGCAUUGUCGACUACCUCGAAAACCGAAGAUACCAAAACCUAGACGUCGAUCCGUAAACCCUAAAACGAAGCAGCCUCGACCUGAUCGAUUCAACAGGAAAAUCAACCGCAUGAUGAGGAAGAUUUGGAAGAAAGACCACCCACUGCCGGUCGUCGAAGAGAGCUUACGCGAUCCGUAG